AACUUAUUUUGCCAGAUAAUGAUCAAAAAAAUGAUAUACCUGAUAAUAAAUCUGAUAGCUCAGAAACAAAGAAACAUUCUUUAGUGGAAGAUGAAGAAUUGAUAUCAAUUAAGAGAAGACAAUGGAUGUGGGAUCACCCUAGUGUUGAUGUAAAAUCAGUAAUUAAAAAUAAAUAUGUGUUAAAGUGGAAUUUUGAAGAAGAUGGGAGGCCUGCAAGAGUGGUAUAUGUCGUAUUUUUUUCUAAUUUUUUUAUUAAAUUAGUAACUAUAUAG